AUGGCCGUCGGCGCGUCGCUUUUGACCGCGUGCGCGUCCCUGGUGUGCGUCGCGCUGGUCCCGCUGCUCGCGUCCACCAAAGGAAGCAGCUCGUCGUCGUCAUCGUCGACACCGACGUCCAAGAGGAGGAGCACCAGGAACAGGAAGGACGCCUCGUGGGCCGCGCCGUCGCAGGGCCUGGUGCGAACGCUCUCGGCGUUCGCGGUCGGCGCGUUCCUCGGCGACGCGUUCCUCCACCAGCUCCCGCACGCCUACGCCCACGCCGCGACGUCGCGAGGCGGCGACGGCGGCGGCGGCUUCGCGUCGGAGCUGUGGUCCAACCGCGCCGGCCUCGCCGCGGUGGUCGGCGUCGUCGCGUUCCACCUCGUGGAGCGCGCCGUGGACGCCCACGGGCACGGGUGCCACGGAAGACGAACCGUCGCGCGACGCAAGAAGGACGACGACAUAUGCGGUGAAGAAGAAAGGAUCGAACCCAAGGAUCAAACCCAAAGGAAAGAAACGCUCGGGUACCUCAACCUCGUCGCCGACGCCGUGCACAACUUCACCGACGGCGCCGCGGUGGGCGCCGCGUUCCUCGCGGGCGGACCCGCGGCGGGGUACGCCAAGACGCUCGCCAUGCUUGCGCACGAGGUGCCGCAGGAGAUCGGGGACUUUGGGGUGUUGGUGAGUGCGGGGUUCAGCGUCUUUGACGCGCUCCGGCUAAAUUUCGCCGCGGCGUCGACGGCCGUGGCGGGGACCCUCGUGGCGCUCGUCCUGUGCGACGAUUCGGGUCACGGCGGGCGUUAUAAACCGACGUGGAUCGACGGCGCGUGCGUCGAGGGGUUCACCGCGGGCGGGUUCGUGUACGUCGCGGCGGCGACGAUGCGGGGGAUCGGGGACGCGGGGGAAGGAUGGCGGGAGGUCGCGGCGACGACGGGCGCUAUUUUCUUCGGGAUUUUCGCAUGCGCGGCGAUACACGCGCUCGGCGCGUGCGACCACGGGCAUUGA